AACAUGGACGGUGGUUUUGAAGAGCUGGGACCUUUCGUCUUGAAGGACGUGCGAUCCACUGGGGAGAAAAUAGGCUUCGGUGCGUACGCGAGCGUGGAGAAGGUCUGCAUCCCUGGGGCCGUAUGCGCGGCCAAGAAAAUCCACAGCUUGUUUCAGGACAGGACCGAGAUCCCUGCCGAGGACAUCCGUAGAGCCGCGGCACCCUUCGUGAGGGAGUGCCGGCUAAUGACGACGAUUCGCCAUCCGCACAUCGUCCAGUUCCUGGGCGUGUGGUUUUCCCCGGACUCUCCCCUCCCGACGCUCGUUAUGGAACUACUGUGUACAGAUCUCCAUGGUCUCCUGGAAGAAUCCGCACCGCAGACGACGGGUGAACGAAUCGGCAAGAAAAAGCCGUUCUUCCCGUUGGGUCUCAAAUGCUCCAUUCUCCACGACGUGGCUAGUGGUCUCUGCUACCUUCACGAGCGCUCGCCGCCCAUUAUCCACCGCGACCUCUCGGCAAGGAACGUCCUCCUCACUUCAGGGAUGGUGGCCAAGAUAGCCGACUUGGGGGUUGCUCGUAUCGUUUCGUUCAUCAGGGGCCGCGCGAGCAUGACCAAGGGCCCUGGUGCCCCAGUCUAUAUGCCCCCAGAGGCUGUAGCUGGCUAUCGUGAAACACCCGAGAAGUCGAGUUAUGAUGGUACCAUUGAUAUUUUCUCUUUUGGUGUUGUCUCGAUAUUCACUCUGGGCCAGACAUUUCCCCAGACACUCCUCGAGCCUACCUACCACAGGAAUGGUAUAUUUAGGGCACGGACCGAACUGGAGCGACGGGAACACUACAUGCAGACAAUCCUAGAGUUAUUUCCUGCGGGGCAUCCUCUCAUUACCCUCAUAGAAAGGUGUCUACAAAACUCCUGUUUCUUGCGUCCCGACAUUCAGCAGGUACUGCAGCUUCUAGACGAGGCCAAGACCAUGGUCGGAGAUCAGGAAAGUUCAAUGAACAAACUGGAAUUGAUCCAGGCUGUUCAUGCCCAGCCUUUCAAGGAGAGUGGGUUUUCCCACGUGAGUGAAAAGUCUGAGUUGGAAGAGCGACUUAGAAGUAAAGUUUCUGAGCUGAAUCAGCUGGAGGAGGCCAACCAACUGCUCAUAACACAGAUGGAAGGUAAACAAGCUGAGGCAAGUAAUCUAUGGGAACAGGUUGAAUCACUGAGAAAACAGGGGGAGGAUGAUCUCAGGAUGAAAGACGAGGAAAUGGCUGUUGUGAUGGAGAAAAAUGGCAAACUCCACGAGCAACUGCAGCAGAUGAAAACCUCCACUGACUGCAAGACGAACUACCUGGAGACAAAACUGACAACAAGUGAAAACCUGGUGGCCGAGUUUCAGAGCAUGCUACUUCAGAAGAACAAGGAACUUGAAGAAAUGGCAGUCAGUGUUAACUUAACCCUUAGCAAGCCACGGGCAUAUGCCCAGAGCCUCCAUAAGUCCAUAAGAAUUUAUAUGGCUAUAAUACUAGGCGUUAAUAUGUUAUACAUCAAAUUAUUAAGGAGAUAUAUAUCCAUGGCGUCCAAAGGGUUUUAAUUUACACUGGUGCUCUUCUAUUCUGUUUCUAACUGUUGGUCUCCAGGGACUGUGUUGAGGACUUUUUGGCUUAUGUGUAUUCUACAGAGAAUUCUGGACUCAAGACAAUGUGCUCCAACUCCAAAGCCCAGAACGCGAUUUGGCUCCAAACACAAGGCUGCCCAGCCACAGCGGUUGCCUCCAACUGUCAGUGAGGCGUGUGACAAAGACUGCCCUUCGACCACACCCACAGAGUCCAGUAACGAGAUAUCUCGGGAUGCACAGUAUCCCAGCUUAGAAAAUGACAGAAAGCUCAAGUUACACUGCACCCUGAAGGCAAGCCUGCCACAGUUUGGCAUGACCAGAGGUUCUGCCACUUCGGACCAGAACUUUGCCUACUUCACUCAGCUGGGUUCCCGUGCCGUCCACCGCUACUCCCUCUCUGGAGACACCUGGUCCCUACUACCACAGUGUCCGUAUAGGAACUGUGGACUGGCUAUUGUGGAUGGGGCACUUGUUGCUUUAGGAGGGAGGAAAGCCUGCUCUGACUACAGCAACAAGCUAUUGACUCUGCGUAUGACACACUGGUUCGAGGAGCUACCUCCUAUGACGGUUGCUCGAGACAGUCCGUCACUGGUGGUAGUGGAGCAUGGGAGUGGCACAAACAUCCUGGUAGCUGGAGGCAGUGUCAGCGACAGCAGAUGGACGGCCUCGGUGGAGAUACUCAAUGGCAGAACUAAAAGAUGGUGCUCACUUGUUGAUCUUCCAAAACCACUCGCUUUCCCCUCGGCUGCACUACGGCAGACGACCACCAGCGGAACUCUGCUCCUGUCUGUAGUUGAUGCCUACCGAGAGUGCUACGCGUGCUCCCUCUACCUCUCGAAUGAGUCGGUCAUGGCAUCAGGGUGGUCGUCACUCCCAAAGCUUCCUGCAUCCGGAUCAACUGCCACAGUACUCCGUGGUGAACUAGUGGUUGUUGGAGGUUUGAAGAGUAGCUCAUCGUCAGUUAGCUGCAUUCACCAACUGAUUGACAACCAGUGGGUCCAACUGGGCACCGUGUCCACUGGGACAGAAUGUCUAAUUGCUUCAACCCAUUGUGAUCAGCUGGUAAUUGUGGGUGGAGACGGUGGGUGUGACAAUGUGUGUGUCUGUUCUGUGUAGUUACUAAUGACAACAGAAUUAAUAAUAAUACUAUUGUGGUUCCCAAUGCAAAAUAUUUUAUAGCUACCUGGCAAGUUUUGUAUUAUACAUACAUGAAGUAUACAAGAGACAUUCAUACAUAAUAAGGAACAUUUCAUAACGAAAACAAACAUUUCUUUUUCUCUUCAAUCAAUGUUACAAGUGAAUCAUCAUAUCUUUUGUAUUGUCCCGGACACUCUUCAGAAACUUCAUGAAGUGAGUUCCUCCUGUUCCCUUCAUGUCGAGACUGGCAUUCACGCUGUGAGCUCGCUGGUUGACAAUGUACCGAGUCACCACAGUGAUGUGGUAGCUGCGGUACCUCACAAACGCCUCGACCGUGGCGUUGAACUGUUGUAUCAAGUCCUUGUUUUGACUCUCAACGACAUACUGACGAAGGGGCGGCUGUUCAGCGACAUGUCGGAGAAACUGACGAUGUUUGCGUGGCAUGUAGUCUUCCAUUGCUAUGAUAAAUUCGGCGUGGGGCCCAGUGUGCUCCACCCCAAUGAAUACGUCUAUAGCCCUAAUUGCUGAACUUUGACCUGCACUGGAACCAUAAUACUUUCGUGGCUUGGAAUCAACUCCCUCGUAUAUCAUUCCGUCCGGGAAAACAUUCAGCCCCUUUGUACCGGCAAAGUACGGCCUGAUAUCGACAAAGAAAACCUUUGGAUUGCAUCGCUCUGACAUACGCCUGAGGGUACGGUGAAUGGUUGUGAUGGCAGACUCAAUGACAGCCAAAUGGCCGACCAGAGCCGCAGUGUCUCCUUCCUUUUUGGCACUUACACCAUUCCAGAUGGCCUUGAGGGCUGGGACUGCCUCCAGCUCCACCUGCACGGCCACCAUAUAAAACCACGACUCGUCCUCUGUACCCGUGUACGUCACGUUGGCGUGAAUGUUAUCGAGUUCCAUGGGCUUGUCGGGGUCCAACAUGUGCCAGUUGUACAGAGCGCUUGCUGUGUAGACUCCGACGAGAGGGACGCCGAUCUUCUCCGUGACUCGGUGGAAAGGGACGGAGAGUAGGGCAGGCAUCUUGCUCGGAAGCCCGGCCUCCCCGUCCUGCCACAUGUAGCCCUGGAACAACAUGCUCAACACAACAAGAGCCCUCUGCCACUCCUCGUCGCUGUGCAGCGUCUCCGAGCUGAACCCCACCUCGGGGAGCCUGUGGACGGCCUGUCGGAGCUCCUUCCUCUGUAGUUUCUCGCUCAGCUGAUCCACCAGCCCUUCCCACUCUCGGAAGUAUGGCGGGAGGGAGGAUAGGGGAGGCCGCUGGGGAAUGAACCCGGUCUCCUCCGAGAUGUCGAACGAGAGGAGUGUCGAGCGAGUCUCGAUAGCGGCCAUGGCAAUGCUCCUAGGUCACUCCGUUUACGACUCUAAAGUCCAAGUCAAUAACUCAACUGCCGGAUAUUCGCUACACACCCGCCAUUCCACACCCUCCGAAUCUAGCCC